UUGUUGGAAAUAUUAUUGAUUAUAAAUAGAUCUAAUUUCUCUUUCUAUAACAAAAUACAUAAGUGAAAACUGCCGACGAAAACUAACAACUUGUUCAUUUGAAGUUCGGAGUUCAGACAAGCGCUGGCCGCAUAAAUCUGCAUUAAUCUCGGUCCCCAAACAUACCUAUACUUAACAACUUGACAUUUUGUUGACAGCAGCGUUGUCAUUCACACGAGUGUUCAAGUAAGCAGAGGUUGUACAAGUACUUUUUGUGUUGUGUUUUCUGAAAAGAUAUCAAGAUGGGAAAGCGACAGCAUCAAAAAGAUAAAAUGUACCUUACCUACACCGAAUGGACAACACUCUAUGGUGGAAAGGUAUCAGGUACUUCAUCACAGUCAAAUGAUGAUGGUGGAUUUCGAAGGUUACCAUUCGAUCAUUGUUGCUUGAGUCUGAAUCCCUUCAAAAAUCCUUACUGCGAUGCUCAGGGAAAUAUAUUUGAUCUGGAAGCUCUACUACCUUACAUAAAGCAGUACAAGCACAAUCCUGUGACUGGUAAACCCUUGGAUGCAAAGUCACUAACUAAGUUGAAUUUCUUUAAAAAUGCAGAAGGCCAGUAUCACUGUCCCGUGUUGUUCAAGGCGUUUACAAAUACCUCUCGCAUUGUGGCGGUCAAAACUACUGGGAAUGUUUUCUUACAGGAGGCCGUGGAACAGUUGAAUAUUAAGACGCGCAAUUGGAAAGAUUUAAUCACAGAUGAGCCAUUUGCUAGGAAAGAUCUUAUCACCAUUCAAGACCCAACUCAAGCAAAUAAAUUUAAUUUGACCUUGUUUCAUCAUGUCAAGAACAAUAUCAGAGUGGAAGAUGAAGAAACAAUCAGAGACAGAAGUAAUCCUAAUGCAAAGCUCAAAACUGUGUCGAUGGAAACAAAAGAAAUCUUGGGUGAGUUGGAUCGUGAAUACAAACCAGUUAAAAAAGAUAAGCAAGUCGAAAAAGCCAAAGCAGAUAAGUUUAAUGCUGCUCAUUAUUCAACUGGAGCAGCAGCUGCUGGUCUUACUUCAACUGUGAUGCCAAGAGUGCUUACACUUGAUGCAGCAGUUCUUGAAGAGGAUGUUGUGCGCUAUGAGAGAGUAAAAAAGAAAGGGUAUGCAAAAAUAAUUACAAAUUUUGGAGCCCUAAACGUAGAACUUCACUGCGAUCUAGUUCCAAAAACUUGUGAAAAUUUUCUGAAACACUGUCAAAAUGGCUACUAUAAUGGCACUAAGUUUCACAGAUCAAUCAGAAAUUUCAUGAUUCAAGGUGGGGAUCCAACAAAUACAGGCAAUGGGGGUGAAUCUAUUUGGGGAAAACCAUUUGAAGAUGAGUUUAAGCCCAAUCUAGUGCACCAAGGAAGAGGAAUACUCUCAAUGGCUAAUUCAGGAUCUAAUACGAAUGGAUCUCAAUUUUUUAUUACGUUUCGUUCGUGUCGACAUUUGGACAAUAAGCAUACAGUUUUCGGCAAAAUUGUUGGUGGCUUGGAUGCACUUAAUGAGAUUGAAAAAAUUGAAGUUGACAAUAAGGAUCGACCGAUUGAAAAUAUCUUUAUUCAAGCCGUACAGAUAUUUGUUGAUCCUUAUGAAGAAGUGGACGAGCAAUUGGUUAAAGAACGAUCUGAAGAGCUGGAGAGACUAAAAAAAGAAGCUGAAGAAAAAAAUGCUCCCAAGCGGCAAAAAGAAGAAGCUUUGAAGAUUUAUCGAGCAGGUGUUGGAAAGUAUCUCAAUCCCGCGAAAUCUGAGGAAACAUCAGAAAAAGAGAGUUCAGCAGCAGCUGUACCAAAAAAAAAGAAGAAAAUUGUGGCAAACUCGUUUACUUUUUCUACUUGGUAAAUAGCGGAUGCAGUAAAUUCACAUGUGAAGUAUUGUAUUUAUUGAUGAACUGUAAAAAUUGUAAAUUGUUCUAGCCAGUAAGUUAUUUCCUCAUCUCUCCAUUAAAA